AUGCGUGUCAGCUCUGUCUUCGUCUGUCUCUUUUUCGGACUCGUCUCUACGGUUUGCGCUGCUCCUUUGCCUGUCCAUGUCGUAUCGCAAUUGCGUCGAUCCCAGGCCAAGGUCAUAGUUGACUUUGUCGACAACAGUCAAGGCUCCCUCCUCCAUGUGCAAUCUACCGUCUUUCUUGCUAUGGCGCAAAGCCUUCUCGAUCAGCAUGGUACAGACCUGGGACUUGGGAGUGAUUUUGUGAUACUCGCAGAGAAUGUGCCGACCAGUGAGCAGAUGAACCUCCUAUUCACCCUCAUAGGGGGUACCAAGUGUCUGCCAACUUUACCUUGCAAUGUUGUUUUUGGGACUGGAUCCGGAGACGGAGGUCCAAUCAGUGCGAGGGUCUCCUCCCGGGGCAACCCAAUCUUUACUGGAGACGUUACCGUUGAGGACUACAACCCGGCGAGAUUUGGCGUGAGUUAA